GGAAGGGGACAGUAUUGUGGGAUCCAUACGUCUGCAAAGAAAUCCUAUAUGGAGACGUCACUUGUCAAUCACAUUUUCAUGAAACAUAAAUAGCACAGAAGUUUCUAACAUGCCGUACGGCUUCAGAAGACUCGGAAUGCAACAGGACCGGAGAUGGAGGAGUUUGUGAAUGGUUCUGGAGAGCAUGGGUUUGUGGUCUUCACUCUGGGCUCCUUGAUAUCACAGAUACCCGAGGCCAAAGCCAGAGACUUCUUUGAGGCAUUUAGGCAGAUACCUCAGAGGGUACUAUGGAGGAACACUGGACCAGUCCCUCAAAAUGCUCCAAAGAAUGUCAAGCUGAUGAAGUGGCUUCCACAAAAUGACCUCUGGGGCCAUCCCAAGGUUAAGGCUUUUAUUACACAUGGUGGAUCUCAUGGAAUCUAUGAAGGAAUCUGUAAUGGGGUGCCAAUGGUGAUGAUUCCUCUAUUUGGCGACCGGGAUAAUGUUCAGCGCUUAGUGUCUCGAGGAGUUGCAGAAACCCUGAGAAUCUAUGAUCUGACCUCAGAAAAACUGCUGGUUGCAUUGAGGAAGGUCAUCAAUGACAAAAGCUACAAGGAGAAGAUCACAGAGCUUUCAGCUAUUCACAGAGACCGUCCCAUUGAGCCUUUAGACCUGGCUGUGUUCUGGACUGAGUUUGUUAUGAGACACAAAGGGGCAGCGCAUCUCAGACCUGCAGCCCACGAGCUGAACUGGAUUCAGUAUCAUUCUCUGGACGUCAUUGCCUUUCUCCUUCUCAUUCUAGUGACUGUUAUUUUUGUGUCUGUCAGAAGCUGCAUGUUCUGUUUCAGGAAGUGCUUCAGGAAAACUCAGAAAAGGAAGAGGGAGUAGAAAUAUUAAAUCAAUGUUUUGUGCUUUUUUCGUGGGGUGAUUGUUUAGAGACUUGUUUAAUCUGUUUUUAUAACCUGAAUACCUCCUUGACCUGGAUUAAUGACUUGAAUAACAUUACAGUGGAUGGUUAACAGCAGGUUAACUGAACUGACUCCUUUUCCAUAGCUUCAUCCCACUGGUUUCUUUAACACUUUUGUUAAUUCACUUCUACUUUCUGUUCUUUCCAUUUAUGUAUAUGUGACAGAUUAGUCGACUGUAAUAUUAAUUCUGCUACAGUUACUUCAGGCAGCUGAUGGAGAUAAUUAUAAUUACUUAAAAUGAAUCAAAAUUAUUUAUAUACACUUCCCUUUUGAGCUAAUUUGCUAAUUUACAUUUUGAUGGUGGAGAAUGUGGGCAUUGUUUAAAAAUUGUUUGUAACCAGACUCAGUAUCAAACUUCUCAUACAUUUUUCAACGUCUUAUGCAUACCAGCUUCUGAUAAAAUCAAAAGGUGCCUUCCUACAAAAAAGCAGAAAUUUUUCAAUGCUAUAAUGCAUAUUUAAAUCGUACCAUAAGAAUAUAACCUGACAUUAGUGAAGAAAUCCUAAGUUGUUAGUAGAGUGUAAGUCUUUUUCUAUGACAAAGAAAUUUCAGGUUAGCAGCCCCCACAAAUGGUACCAGAAUAAAUGAAUGCAUGUUGUGCCCAAAACCAUUCACUAGAGUGGAAGAGUGAAAACUAUUGUAUUUGAAUACAGCUGUAGACACUAUUGUGCACUGUGUGUGGCCUUACAUGUGUGUCCUGAUUGAUGGAAAAAAAAAACCCUUUCUAAAAUCAGAUAUGACUUCAGACAGAGAUGUACUGCAUUCCUCAGAUUGAACAGAGCAUGACACUUGCUAUGGCAAGACCAGGGGCCUUAUUUAUAAAGUGUCCAUAAACCCAGAUUUAAUCUCAGAGUGUGUGUGUAUGCUUAAAUCCUCAUAUAUGUAAAAACGACCUUUGACAUAGAAAAGUGCUUAGCGUCACAUCAGGGUCUGAGCAGGCGUACACACAUUUUCUUGUCAGAGUACUGCAGGUUUUGUAAAAUGUAAGAUGUUCUUGCAGCUCGCUGUUCUAAAUUAAAGAAUUUGGACAAUGA